CCUCUCCUCCUAUUUACUGCUAUCUGCCCAAGCCCUUUCGAGGUCUCCUUUAAAUCAACCUCCUCCACCAUCCCCCCAUAGACACCUGUCCUUCUUUGCCUGUGCGCCAAAGAAGACAUCGUCUCGCCGCCCCCAGCUUCGCGUGUGAGCAUCUACUCGGUCCCUUUUCUUCGCCUUAUUUUCCCGUAUUUCUCCCGUCCUCGCCGACGUAAUCUCUCACAAUGGAAGAGGAAGUUGCCGCUCUCGUCAUCGACAAUGGUUCGGGUAUGUGCAAGGCCGGUUUCGCCGGUGAUGAUGCUCCCCGUGCCGUCUUCCCGUCCAUUGUUGGUCGUCCCCGCCACCAUGGCAUCAUGAUUGGUAUGGGCCAGAAGGACUCGUACGUUGGUGACGAGGCUCAGUCCAAGCGUGGUAUCCUCACCCUGCGCUACCCCAUCGAGCACGGUGUCGUUACCAACUGGGACGACAUGGAGAAGAUUUGGCACCACACCUUCUACAACGAGCUGCGUGUCGCUCCCGAGGAGCACCCCGUCCUGCUCACUGAGGCUCCUAUCAACCCUAAGAGCAACCGUGAGAAGAUGACCCAGAUCGUCUUCGAGACCUUCAACGCUCCCGCCUUCUACGUCUCCAUCCAGGCCGUCCUGUCGCUGUACGCCUCCGGUCGUACCACCGGUAUCGUCCUUGACUCCGGUGAUGGUGUCACCCACGUGGUCCCCAUCUACGAGGGUUUCGCUCUUCCCCACGCCAUUGCCCGUGUCGACAUGGCUGGCCGUGACUUGACCGAUUACCUCAUGAAGAUCCUCACUGAGCGUGGCUACUCCUUCUCCACCACUGCCGAGCGUGAAAUCGUUCGUGACAUCAAGGAGAAGCUCUGCUACGUCGCCCUCGACUUCGAGCAGGAGAUCCAGACCGCCGCCCAGAGCUCCAGCCUCGAGAAGUCCUACGAGCUUCCUGACGGUCAGGUCAUCACCAUCGGCAACGAGCGCUUCCGCGCCCCCGAGGCCCUCUUCCAGCCUUCCGUCCUUGGUCUUGAGAGCGGUGGUAUCCACGUCACCACCUUCAACUCCGUCAUGAAGUGCGAUGUCGAUGUCCGUAAGGAUCUGUACGGCAACAUUGUCAUGUCUGGUGGUACCACCAUGUACCCCGGUCUCUCCGACCGUAUGCAGAAGGAGAUCACUGCUCUUGCUCCUUCGUCCAUGAAGGUCAAGAUCAUUGCUCCUCCCGAGCGCAAGUACUCCGUCUGGAUCGGUGGUUCCAUUCUCGCCUCCCUGUCGACCUUCCAGCAGAUGUGGAUCUCGAAGCAGGAGUACGACGAGAGCGGUCCUUCCAUUGUCCACCGCAAGUGCUUCUAAGCUCCUGCAUCGACUAUGGCGCACGAUACCGUUUGUUACCGCCCCCUGACGAAUGCACCGAGAUGCAGGGACGCAACCUCAGCCAUGCGCGGCUUCGGGCCUGUCCCUGCACACACUUCAGAACUUUCGAUUUGAAAAAAAGUUGUGACUGGCAGCAAGAGUUGGGAAUCGGUCUCUCGAUGGAAAAGAGGGCAUACGAAGUGCUGAGCUUGGCCUGGAGGUUCCGUUGUCGGGAUGGAGUAGACAAAUCACACAAAGAAAUGUUGAUCAUACACUAUUUGGUUUUCCUGAUACAUGUGUGCGCGCUUGAAGUGAGCCAUGCCUGCAAGUAUGCUCUCGUGCGCGUGUUUCGGUGCAGGAUUGGCUGGUCCGACGCGCAUGUUGCGUGCCAUCCGCUUUUUUGGGGGGUUUUGAAGAUAU